AUGUCGGCCAGACGGUCGCACGGUCGAGGGUCAAGUAUAUCCCUUCCGACUGUUGCUCUCCCUUCCGCCGUCGCUCUCCCUUCCGCCUGUCGCCCUUCACUCCCCCUCAUCGCCCUGCCUUCCGUCAGUCGCCCACCCUUGUUCCCGUCGCCCUCCCUUCCCGUCGCCCUCCCUUCCCGUCGCCCUCCCUUCCCGUCGCCUUCCCUUCCCGUCGCCCGCGCUUCUUCUCAUCGCCCUCCGUGCUUCUCGUCGCCAUCCCUUCCGCUCGUCCCCUCGCUUUCCCUGUCUCCCUCUCUCCCCGUCGCCCUCGUUUCUCCCUCCCCGUCGCCCUCGCUUUCCCCGUCGCCCUCGCUUUCCCCGUUGCCCUCGCUUUCCCCGUCGCCCUCGCUUUCCCCGUCGCCCUCGCUUUCCCCGUCGCCCUCGCUUUCCCCGUCGCCCUCGCUUUCCCCGUCGCCCUCGCUUUCCCCGUCGCCCUCGCUUUCCCCGUCGCCCUCGCUUUCCCCGUCGCCCUCGCUUUCCCUCCCGUCUCCCUUCCCAUCUCGCACACUUGCCACCCUCCCUUUUCUCUCCCUACUCCCUGUUUUCCCUCCCUCCAAUAAUCGCCUUCCUUCCCCCAACUUAUACCCCUUCCUUGCUUCCCCCGAUCUGCUUCCCUGCUUCCCCCCAUCCCCUGCCCUGCUUCCCCCCAUCCUCUUCAUUCUUUCCCCGUAUCCCCAGCCCUGCUUCCCCCAUCCCCUUUUCUGCUUCCCCACCUCCCCUGCCCUGCCCACACCCAUCCCCUUCCCUGCUCCCCCCCAUCCCCUUGCCCUGCUCCCCCCCAUCCCUUCCCUGCUCCCCCCCAUCCCCUUCCCUGCUUCCCCCCAUCUGCUUCCCUGCUCCCCCCCAUUCCCUUGCUUGCUUCCCUCAUCCCCUGCCCUGCUUCCCCAUGUCCCCUUCCCUGCUUCCCCCCAUCCCCUUCCCUGCUUCCCCCCAUCCCCUUCCCUGCUCCCCCCCAUCUCCUUCCCGGCUCCCCCCCAUCCCCUUCCCUGCUUCCCCCCAUCCCCUUCCCUGUUCCUCCCCAUCCCCUUCCCUGCUUCCCCCUAUCCCCUUCCCUGCUUCCCCCCAUCCCCUUCCCUGUUCCUCCCCAUCCCCUUCCCUGCUUCCCCCCAUCCCCUUCCCUGCUUCCCCCCAUAA